UUUCAGAAGAAAAUCUUUCCCUCUUUUUGAUUAUGAACCACUUUGUGUUGGUCUGUCAUAUUAAAACCUAAUAAAAAAUGUUGCAUUUUUAUUUCUCACUUCGGCAUGCCUGUUUUAGUUGGUGCUGUUAGAGAGCUUCUACCUCAGCUGUGGUUAAAACCGAGCACAUUAUCAUUUUUUCUGUUUCUUUGCACAGUUUGUAUUUUUUUCUUUGAUGCAGCUCUGCUUCUGCUCCCUCACAGGGAUCUCUUACGUUGCCCCCCACCUCAACAACUUGUAUUUCCUGACACUGUGCCGGCGUUACGGCGUUUACCAGGUUAUCCGCUGGCUGUUUAUGCUCAAACUGGGACUUAGUGUGGUUAUGCUGCUUGCAGGGGCUGACCACAUUUAUCUGCUGUGCAUCUUCAUAGCUAGUAACCGGGUGUUCACAGAGGGCACCUGCAAGCUGCUGAAGCUGGUCAUUUCCGAUCUGGUCGACGAGGACUACGUGGUGAACAGACGUCAGCAGGCCGCCUCGGCCCUCCUCUUUGGGAUGGUCAACCUGUUGACCAAACCGGGCCAGACAUUCGCCCCACUCAUCGGCACCUGGCUGCUCUGCGUUUACACAGGUUAUGAUAUUUUCCAGAGGACACCUGUGAAGGAUUCUGUGUCUGCAUCCGACUCAGGGACUCCGCCUCUCCGUCUGGGCUGUUUCUACAUGUUGGUGUUUGUGCCUAUCACCUGUGCCCUGCUCCAGCUGGCCACCUGGUCUCGCUUCACUCUUCACGGCCGAAAGCUGCAGGGAAUCAAGACCCUGCGGCAGGGGACCCAGCAUGGUAGUCUCAUCGACGUCAAGGCCAUUUAAACUAAAAGAAAGCAAACGCACGGAGCUGCACAAAGACACUUUUUAAAUAACCGUUUUUAUGUUUCUGGGAUGUCUUAAAUAGCAAAAAGCUGCCGCGUCUUCACUCUGCAGCCUUCAUCGUGAAAUUCUGAACAUUUACAGAAUUUUUUUUUUUUUUUGUACAGUAAAAAA